GCUUAGAGGUGGGUCUUAGUGAAAGCCUCUAAAGCCCAACCCAACAAUUGUGCAGGCCCGUUAUAUUCGGUUCGUUCUUCUGGCUGGAAUCUAAUCAUCGGCGCCAUUCGUCAAUAUAUAGGCCACGUGGACAAAUUCCAUGCCACAGAGAAGAGAAACCACCAGAGAGAUUAUUUCUUUCUUCACUUCCCUUUCAUUUCCCCAAACAAAACGGAAGAAAAAGAAAAAGGAUCAUCUACCCGCUGAAAAUCCAGUCUUUCUUCCUCCUCCUUCCCUUCAACCGUUUUCUCCUUUGGGUUCCCUCCACCACGCCAUGCGAACCCUCGUAAUCAACUUGCGCCACCUCCCAUCUCCGCCCUGCGUCGCCGCCUCCAAUCUCCACCACCACUUCUCUACUUCUUCUUCACCGUCCACCUCUUCUUCCACUACCUUCCUCUGCCGCACUAAGCGCUUCCACUUCUUAUCCCCUUGCUCGUCCCUGAAGCAGACGCGCAAGAAGCAGCAGCAGAAGAAUGGAGCUCCUCCUCAGAGCUUGCGGUGGUUCUUGAACUCGAAGGGCGACGAUGACGACGAGGGAGGAGGUGGGAAGAAGGUUGUUAAGGGCGACGGCGGGGACGGAGGAGGUGGGUUGGAAGGGGAUACGGCGAUGAAAGGGACGAUUCUUGCUGGGGUUUUGCUUGUGGGUGUCGUUGGUGGGUUCGGGACUGUUGGGUAUGUUUACAGGGAUCAAAUCAAUGCGUUCUUGAAUCAGUUCUCUGGGUUUAUUGAAGGUUAUGGACCAGCUGGAUAUGCUUUGUUUGUGGCAGUAUAUGCAGGAUUGGAGAUUCUUGCAAUUCCGGCAAUCCCAUUGACGAUGUCGGCUGGUCUUCUUUUCGGAUCUCUUAUUGGCACCAUCAUAGUCUCAAUAAGUGGAACAGUUGCAGCAAGCAUUGCUUUUCUAAUUGCUAGGUAUUUUGCCCGUGAGAGAAUCCUAAAACUUGUUGAAGGAAAUAAGAAGUUUCUUGCAAUCGACAAGGCAAUUGGCGAAAAUGGCUUCAGAGUUGUCACGCUUCUUCGAUUGAGCCCUUUGCUCCCGUUCUCCCUUGGAAAUUACUUGUAUGGAUUGACAUCAGUCAAGUUUGUGCCGUAUGUUAUGGGGAGCUGGCUUGGGAUGCUUCCAGGCACAUGGGCUUACGUGAGCGCUGGUGCAUUUGGUCGCGCUAUAAUUCAAGAAGAAACUGAGAUUGGGUUGACUGGAGGAGGAAAUUACGGUCAGCUAUUGACACUUGGGCUGGGAUUGCUUGCAACAGCAUUGGCUGCAGCUUAUGUAACACGGCUCGCCAAGGAUGCUGUCAAAGAUAUUGACGACUGAGAUUUCAGUGUUAAGAGUUGCUGCAGAAGAUACCGAGCAAGGAGGAUGAACGAAACUAGACAGUUAAAGAUAUUGACGACUGAGAUUUCAGUGUUAAGAGUUGCUGCAGAAAGUAGAUGGGAAGUUGUGAAUCACUACUGAUACCUUCCCUGAAUUCAUGUAAAGAUCUCAAUUGUAUAAUUUUGGUUCCUUAUGGCUUCAAUGGAACUGUGGAAGGAGUAGUUAAACGAACGGCCAAGUUGUAUAGAUGAGAGUUCACAUUUGGUUCCUAAUCCCAUAACCUUUUUUGCUGCUACCACUUCCCUCUAUUGUUCCCUUUCCUUAUUCUUUGCCUUGAGAGAUACUUGCUGCCUAAGAUAAGUUUUCAGGAAGAGAUCGAAUUCAAUCCAAACCAAUUUCUGACUUCCAAGGCCAUCAAUUGCAAGUUGACAAUUGCAAUAUGUGUCAUUUCCAAUGAUCCAAACUCAGAAUGGAGCCAAACAGUCUGACCCUCUAAAGUCAAUUUUUUUUUCUUCUGAAAUGGUGACUUACUCAUGGUGUUCCCCAAAGGGCAGUCUAUUAAACUUUUGAACUACCCUACAAUGACAUAUUAUGGUACAUUGCAUGUGCUAUCUGCACCUUGAUUUCACAAAAGAACUGAUAUAUACUAUAGGUAGGUAGUAUAAUAUAAAGAUUGGAUUUUU